AUGGAACAUUCACAUAUCAUACACCCUCAACCCAGCUAUCUGUACCAAGGAGCAACAAACAUUGCUGUAAAUCUGGGGUCCACCUCCAAUGAACACGAGCCAGUUGAACACCAGGGUAACACCAGUUGGCCUCCGCCAUUGCCUUCGUACUCAACCGCCUUAUCAAACGGACCCGGAUACGAGGAAUACAACCCACAGGCCAUACAAGGAAUGCAUAAUCAGCUAUCUUACAAUGCCUUUAACGGUCAAAAUCUCGACAGUUUUCGAGAUGUGGGUGACAUUCACUCCCAACACGGCAAUAUCAAUGAUCAACAGGAUGAGCGACAGGUGGCGGCACAGUUGGAAGAUGGGUUAGGUUGGUCUGAAGAUUCCGGGGAGAGUGAGCUAUCGGACUACAAUGUUAACGCUCACACGAAGUCUUUACAACUCGUUCGUCAGCCCACCUCCGAGAGACCACAGAGACACCUUCAUCUCGACAACUCGGAGAGUGACGACGACGGAGACUACAAUUCAGUCCGCUAUGUGCACACUGGAUACCGUAUCAAUUUAUCCCGGCGCAAGAAUCGCUAUAGAGGGCCUGUACCCAACGCACAAAAGCUAUGGUUACACGCCACAUCUGCAAAUAAUCCCGAGAAAAUUCGUGCCGUGAUCAACCACUAUGAGCAAGUCUCGGCGGAGAUGCGCGAACUUAUCACUCGCCGCCUCCACACACAGGUUGCAUUUCCCUUGGAAGGUGAUGACGCUCGCGUAUGGGGGGAGUUUAUGGAGAUAUACACGUCUUGCCACCAGGGAAUGAAGCUGUUGUCUUUUGAGCAUCGUCGUGCUCUUGCUGAGGCUCACUAUUCCUCAGUAAUGCUGGACACUUAUGAGGGCUUUCGAUGGCCAUCAAUUUGUGUCAUCUUUGUUGCGGGUCCUAAUGGUUCGCCACCAGAGGCAAAAAUCCUUGCUCUCAAACCAAAGAAGUCCCCCACAAUACUUGACUGGCAUGCACAAGACGACCCGAAAGCCCGACCUCUUCAAGCAACGCUUCAAGCCUAUGGAAACCUUCUGUGGACAAAACAUUGGAAAGAAUUCCAGAUUGACGAUGACGGGUCCUUGUCGGAUGGUAACCACAAUGUUGCCCUUGACACCGUAUCCAUCCUUGCACGGAAACGGGGAGCGGAUGCAAUUGAAGAUGGUCGUCGGUUGAAGAAAAAGAAGCCAACACCUCAGCUUCCCCGAGAAGGCGACAUAUUUCCAACCACAGUGGUUUUUCAGGGGCUAGCACUCACUAUAUAUGGCAUAUGCGACGGUAUCUAUCUGGUCAAAGAGCUCAAAACUGGUGGCUUCGAGAAUCAUCACAAAAACAAGACGCUUAUUCGAUUCCUGACUGCUAAUCGUCUGGUCCGUGUUGGUCGAGCUAGCGAUAUUGAAGCGCCUAUUCAGUGGACCAUUUUGGAGAGCCAGCUUGCCGACAUUGCCUGGUACAAAUUCUUUCCUACAACAAAGGUUGACAAUCUCGACGUGCCCAUCCCACUUCCAUUGGCACCCAAAAACGCGACCAAGGCGCAUAUAGCGCUUUGGUUAGACUUCUUUGAAGACCACCAGUCCCACAGAAUUCCUUGGGAAAAGGGGUUACUCUUCAAACUAACACCAAAGGCGAAGGCAUUGGCCGCGUUUGCUCAUGACUCGGCUUUAUACCCCGACCAGGAAUCCCAAGUCCAGGUGCAAGAACAAGACGCUGAUUAUUUGUUGUCUGGUCUCGAGCUCAGAACUGCUGGACUACCAAGUACUCCUGCUGGCCCAAUCAUUAAUAUGGCCCAUCCAAAUCAUAUAUCGUCACGGUCUAUGAACACAAAUGAAGAUGCACAUCUGCUUGGAACGUCAGCAUCAAUUUUGCAUCAGCCCCAGCCAGCUAUUCCUCUUUUUCUAGACAAUCAAGGUGAUACUGCAGAGGGAGACAACCAAAGUGAUCCCCUAGCAACCGUGCAGAGAGAUCAUCCCGGUUGCGUGCUAAAGGACAGUGCGUAA